CCUCUAUAUAAAUUAAUAAUAAUAUACUCCCUCUCUGUUUCCAUCAAUGCCUUUGCUCUUGAAGCAUCGAACGCGUCACGCGUUGCAUUUGCAAAUGCCUUCGCAGACCAGACAAGCUACUAGAGCAAAGGCAAUUAUACCUUCAUUUCUAUCACUCUCUAUCUGGCUACAACAUAAUGUUAUACGACGUCGUUAUUGGUUUCUACAGUAGGAAAAAUCAAGUGGGUCUCUCACACACACUUGUCUUUCUUGUACCAAUGGAGCUCACAUCUUCGCCGGCUCAGCUUCUCAGACCACAUCUCGGCUUUAGGUUUUUACUUCCUCGACGAACAUCAAUCGCUUCUUCUUCCUCUCCUUCUCCUCGAUUCCUACGGAUGGAACCUUAUUCUCACCGUCCUCUUCCAUCUAUCUCCUCCGCUUCUCCUCCUCCUCCCGGAGAUAACGGUUUUCCGGCGAUUACUACAUCUUCUCCAAUCGAAUCAGCAGGUAGAAUAGGUGAAGUGAAGAGAGAAACAAAGGAAACAAAUGUAUCUGUAAAGAUCAAUUUGGAUGGUAAUGGAGUUGCUGAUAGCUCCACUGGGAUCCCUUUCCUUGAUCAUAUGUUAGAUCAACUUGCUUCACAUGGCUUGUUCGAUGUACAUGUAAGAGCUACUGGUGAUACUCAUAUUGACGAUCAUCAUACUAAUGAAGAUGUUGCUCUUGCCAUUGGAACAGCUUUGUUAAAUGCGCUUGGGGAGCGGAAAGGGAUCAACCGUUUUGGCGAUUUUACAGCUCCUCUUGAUGAAGCACUUAUUCAUGUUUCCCUGGAUUUAUCAGGUCGACCAUAUCUUGGUUACAACUUAGAGAUUCCAACUCAGAGAGUAGGAACAUACGACACUCAGUUGGUGGAGCAUUUCUUCCAGUCAUUGGUGAAUACUUCUGGUAUGACACUUCACAUCCGACAGCUUGCCGGUAGAAACUCUCACCAUAUAAUAGAAGCGACCUUUAAGGCCUUUGCUAGGGCUCUCCGACAAGCAACAGAGUCUGAUCCACGUCGCGGUGGGACAAUACCAAGUUCAAAAGGAGUCUUGUCACGGUCGUAAGAGGCGGUGAAAACAAAAGUUUCAGUAUACUGAUGGGAGUUCUUGAGCAAGGAUCAGUUGUCUUAUUUUACAGUGUCAAACCUGCUAGUGCUGGAUCAUUGCUCAUUUGCAAAAGGUUUAUGUAUUUAAGAUUAGCUUUUGGGAAGAAACAGUCCAGCGUUAAUUUGUAUUUUGUUGUUGGAGACUACUUUUAACACAUAAUACAUGUGAGUUCUUUGUU